GUAGCAUUUCACCAAACUCGUUGCCCCGUAAAAGUUGACGACAAUGUCUCGAUUCUGAAAGGCCGUCUUACAUGCAUUGGAUGCAUUUUUAAUUUAGCUGUUACCACUUAUUUUAAUAGUUUGGUCUUAAAACUUUUUUCCGGAAGGUGGAAAGGAAUCUUUUAGUAGUUGGAAACUUUGAAAAACCCAAGCCAUCCUCAUAGGAUGGACAAAUCAACAACGAUGAAAGUCAUGAUCCUUGUAUUCCUCGUUUUGAAUCUUCUGGAUCAUGGAGCUGCAGAGCAAAUUAUUUCAGGAGAACUGCAGAACCGAACAGCCAGACAGAUAAACUGCAUAGAGAACCAGGAGUACCCUCACAACAGCUUUUGCUGCAAGAACUGUGAAGCUGGCACCUAUGUGAGUGAGAAGUGUAGCAGGGACCAGGAGAAGGGCACAUGCACCCCAUGUAAAACAGGCACGUAUGCCGAGCACCCCACAGGCAUGGAACAGUGUCUACAGUGCAGCCAGUGCCACAGAGACCAGAUCUUGGUUGCAGAAUGCACCAGCACAGACAACACCAAGUGUGAAUGCAAACCUGGUUCCUUCUGCCUGCCGGACGAGCCAUGUGAAGUGUGCAAGAAAUGUGCUCGGUGCAAAGUUGAUGAGGAAGAAGUGAGCAGUUGCACACCAACAUUUAAUACAAAGUGCAGGAAACGCUCUUCAUAUCCAGUGGAAGCUCCGACAGAGAAGUCACCACCAUCGAAUGGCAGCGAAGCUAUAGUUGUUCUACCAAUCUUAAUUCUGAUUGCUGUGAUUGGAUUUGGAAUAUAUUUCUGGAAGAAGCGUCAGCAUAGACAAAGUGAAACUGAUGGAAAUUUGAACGAGGUUAAGGUGCCAAUCGAUGUAGCAUGCCCAAGAUCAGAAGAGGAAAGGGAGAACAACCGCAAUGCUGGAUUAGAGAGGGCGGAGGAGCAACGGCCAGAAUCCCGCCCUUUGUUGACACAGGAGACGCAGGAAACGGGCAACAAGAGCAUACCGGUGGAGGAUGAGGACCGGGGACUGGGAGACAGCUUGCCAAACACAACCAGCUCUUCCCAAACCAGCCUGUCUGCCCUCCCUCCUGCAGUCUGCAUCGGGGACUCACCACGGUCAAGCCCCCAGGCACUGAGACAGACAGAGAGAGAUGCAGAGCCAUGGGCACGGGAUGAUGGCCCUCCCAGGAAACUUGUUCCUCUACUCGGUGAGGAGGACUCGCUGAGCAAGAGCUUCGAUCUGUUCGAUACCCUUGACGUGCGGAUCCACAACAAGUUCUUCCGUAGCAUCGGCGUGAGCGACAAUGCCAUUAAGACAGCUGAGGCACCUCACCAUGGGGACAAAGUCUACGAGCUCCUACGGGUGUGGAUGCAGAAGGAGGGGCUUCGAGCAAACAUCAACACCUUACUUCAAGCUCUGCUGGAUCUGGACCAGCGGUAUUCAGCAGAACAUAUUGCAUCCAAGGCGGUAGAAAGAGGCUACUACAAAUAUGAGUGAUGACUUUUAAAGACCUUAAGAGAAACUCAGACUCUGUUACUGAGUAAAAGAGCAAAAUAAUGGAGAAGUUGUAAGUAAGGGUCAGGGUCCCUGUGGGCCUGUUGGUCUCAUGGCAUGAACUCAUGUCCCAUUAUGGAACUGGUGGUGAUGCCAUUGGAGAAUUGUAUCUCUGUAGUGCCCGCAAUUGGUUUAGAACCCAACACUGGACCCAUUUGAGGUUUUACACUGGCUUACAGAAGAGGGUGCUGUUUUCAUUCUUGUGCAUACUAGUGUCACUUGAUGCACUCACCUCAGGCUUUCAAAAUAUAGGUUGGUCUGAGGCCUGCAUUGGUGUCGUUAAACCUUUGGUAUUGCCAAAUGUUCAAACUUACAAAAGACAUGGAACUAUCUGCACUUAUGUUUAUUUGACUACAUACUGACUGGCACAAUGCACAUUUGUAGUUUAAACUAAAGCUCUGAACUUUGUUUUUAACGAAUCUUCAGUAGAUGAAUUGUAUUGUGGAUUUCAGACAUAACAGUGCUGUAAUCUGCCAUUCGAAGUUUUGAAUUGUGUUCCAGCUCUUGGUAUAUUCACUUGUAUGUCAGGAGUUUAGGAUUUUGUAUAAAGUUCAGAUAAGUCAUUUCAUUUAACGUGGUUGUUACAGAAUAUCCUUUAUACUGGGCUGCCCCAAGUUAUGCCAGUCUUAUUUUUCACCCAUAUGUGCAAGGCUGCGAUGGCAUUGAAUACCUUAAGUCUUCUCUUGCCUCUUCCAUUUCCUUAUUUAUAUUUAAGUAAGUGAUGUAUUUAUUUUAUUAUGUACUGGUAAUAACGUAUUAUUUAUACCUGUUACUAAUAUCCAGCCAAGUGUUUCCUGCAGCAUUUAUUGUGACUGAUAUGUUCACCAGAUGAAUUCACCAAGCAAAUACUUCCAGCCUUUUUACAAGCAAAUAAACUGGAUCAGUUCAGAUUCAGUGUCAUCCUCCCAGAGUUCUUCUGUAGCUAAGACUUUCUACGUUUACCCGGAGUGUGUCGCUUACUAUAGUCACACUAUGGUCGUCGUUUCUUAUUAAAAUCGCAAAAGUGUGUCCAUCACUGCAUAUGUAUGUUCGCAACUAAUGGUGUCAUUGUUAAUAAUCUGAAAAUAUAAAGAAAAAGCUUGAAAGAGUGCCACGGUCAGUAUCUCUUGGGCGCUUGUAACUUCUUCCGCAGGUCCACAUUGAAUUAAUGUUGAGGAUAAAGAGGCAUUUCGAACUUCUGCUCGCUGUUCAUGUUUUAAAUGCAGUAGUGCACAGGUACGUGUUAUUUAAUAGUUUAAAAGAUGAAGGAAAUGCAUGCUCAUCCGAAAACUACUUAUCGUUGGGUUGUAAAUAUUUAUGUCAAGAAUUCUAUUAAACAAAACUAAUAGAUGUGUAUUUAUAGAAGCCCUAAGAGCACAAAUUAAUGAAGUAUAAAGAUUGCCUAAAUUAACGAAGGAACAAAUGGACAAAAAAAUGAACAAACAAUACUUCAUUAAAUGUUAUUGAAGUAAAAAGGGCCCCAGAAUUCAUUUAUGUAGCAGUAAAUUAACUGCAACUUCUGACUCAGCUGCAUAGCUUUGUAGCUUAAUACAUGUAUGAUAUAUGACCUUUUAUAUAUAUUUUUAGUGAUUAGGAACAGAUUUCUCAUAUAUGCUUCACCUUUUAACUCAAAUGGCUUUAUGAGAUAACAUGGAAAGCUGAACAGGAUCGGGACAAAAUGGUUCCCCCUCCCUCAGAGCUUCCCCAUUUAAUUAUGGAAUUGUACAGCUGUCGUACAGUGCAGGCACUGCCACCUAUUGACAUAGAAUUGAAUAGCAAGAGCAGAAACCACAUCAAUUUCAAGGGACCUUUUUCUAUUCCGGCAAUUACAUUCAGUCUCUCCACAUUUUUCAACACAUUGCGCUAAAUUUAAUGUGGGGUCUCUCUCUUCAAGUGCAGGAGUUUUUUAGUUUAGUUUUUUUUUAACCUCUGGAAUAUUUCAGUGCCAUCCGGUUCUCUCUGUUUCAAAAAAUUGUUUUGCUUCUCAUGUUUUAUUGACUCCACAUUGUUCCUGCUUUUAUGCCUCUAACACAGCAACAUGUCUCGGUGCUAGCUCAUUCUGUGCUUUAUUUUCCACAAUAUCUCUCUAUGAGUAGAAGUUUUGUGUAUUUUUUUCCCCUUUAGACAAUUGUUUGCCUGUUUAUGAAUGUAAAAUGUGUGCUGUUGCAAAGUUAUUUGUAGAAUGUUUUUGUUUUAAAAUAAAAAGAUUCUUUACAAACCC